GUUCUUCUGUAGAUGCCUCCUGGGAACUGCCUUUGAUGGAAACUUGUUAGCACUAGCUCUGCAUUCAUGCUGCUGUUGGCUGUAAGGGGUUUUGGUGUCUGACGUGCUUUUGUGAGAGCCCUUUUAUAAAGAAAUGGUAACAUAGCCUUUGUCAGUUUUUAACAUUUCUGAUUUCGUAGCGCACUCAGAUGAAUGAGACAGCUAGUGUAUGGCAUCUCCUUUGCUUUGGGAGCUGUGGGACUGGCACUGGCUCCUCAGGUCUGGUGUCUUCUGAAGUGCCUCAAUUCUGCUCUUCCAAAAAAUGUCAGUGCUAUUUGAGUGCCAGGAAGCAGGAGACAGCUGCCUCAUCCAGCUGGAUGGAAAGAAGAGGAACCAGCAGUUCAGAGCAGCAAGUACAUGAUAUGAAAGGAGAGGAGGACCUCCUGGCCCAGUUCUCACGGUUGGAAACAUUGUUGGAGAUACGUUAGGGUCCUGCUUUUCUACGUGCCUUUUUGGAUGCUUCUGCAAUAAAGAUGUCUCACCACAUGAUGAACAGCUCCACAUUGCCGACCACGCAUCCUGAACAUCACCACUCUACAGCAUCUCCGGGAGGUGGUCAUGGAUCUGGGAUGAUGAUGAUGGCAAUGACCUUCCACUUCAGUUACAAGAAUGUGCCGUUGCUAUUUUCUGGUCUUACAAUCAAUACUCCUGGAGAAAUGGCUGGUGCUUUUGUGGCUGUCUUCUUCCUGGCCAUGUUUUAUGAAGGCCUUAAGAUUGCCCGAGAGUGUCUGCUCCGCAAAUCCCAAGUCAGCAUUCGCUACAACUCCAUGCCAGUGCCAGGUCCCAAUGGCACUAUCCUGAUGGAAACGCACAAAACUGUUGGACAGCAGAUGCUGAGCUUCCCUCACCUCCUGCAGACUGUACUGCACAUCAUUCAAGUCGUGGUCAGUUACUUUCUUAUGCUGAUCUUCAUGACAUACAACGGAUACCUCUGCAUAGCCGUGGCAGCAGGGGCAGGGAUGGGUUAUUUCUUCUUCAGUUGGAAAAAGGCAGUUGUUGUGGAUAUCACUGAGCACUGCCAUUAAGACUGGACGCUGCCCAGAAGCCCCUCCAUCCCACUGCUCUCUUGAAAUGCAGCCAUCAUGAAGACUGGAUCAUCCUAAGCUGAAAGAAAAAAUGUAAUGAAAAGCCACUGGAGUUCACCACAAGUUCCUAGCUGGGGUGCAGGGAUGUGAGAAGCUGGGAUAUGUGACUCCCCCAUGCUGCAAGCUGGCAGCUUGGUUGUCUGUCAAGAGUCCCUUGAUAGCUGUUCUUGGCUAGGAUUUGCUUUAGUCUUAGAUUAUGCCAUGACAGAAAUGUAGAGUUUAUUCUUUUUUUUUUUAAACAAAACAUUUUAUUCUUAAAUUGUAAAUGCUUGUCUGUGAAGAUUUUAUGAACAGUAAGUGAAGAUUGGAGUCACCAAUGGAGCCUAUAUCUGCAAAUGGCUAUUUUGUUUUUUUUAAUACCUACACAAUGCCAGGGGAGAUCUCCCUGGCAUUGUGUCUUUUGGGGCCAAUGACACCUUCUAACACAGAGUUUCGGAGAGGAAGAUGUGGUGCUGGACAUCAGACACACUCAGAUCUGUCCCAGCAAGUGAGCACUUGGACAGAAGUAUGUGAGCCCUGUGCUUUGGAGGGUCAAGAUGAGUCUGUCCUCCAAGCCCACUAGAGUAUGAUGAAUGUUGCUAGAUUUCAGGUGCAUCCAGCAGUUUUACUCAGCUUCAAGUGAUAACAUUGCAGUUUGGCUGCUUUCACUUCCCAAUCCCCUGCUUUCAAUUCCCAAAUGUGUGGAAUAGAUGCAGGACAAAAAUUACAUACGUACAGGGCAAAGAGAUUUUAAAUUGACCAAUGAACCUGUAUUGACUUCAGGUUGGGUUGCACCUGAAUGGAUCUAGAGCUAGACUUCUGGCUUACUAACACUAAUUCUGUAAAUGAGGCAAGAGAUAAAUAAUAAUUUCAUUACACUGAAGGCUAAAAUGUCAGAAUAGGGUGUUCCUUGAGUGAGAUGAAGGAAAUAACUGUGUUCCCGUAGGAGAUUUGGGGAAGAGAGGAAAGAAACAGUAGGGCUACAGCAGCCCUCUGGUAAUUCAGUUCAUUUGGAGUUGCUUGGGCUGAUGUAAAAAAAUAUUCCAAAAGCAAAUGACUCCUCUUUGUCCUAGUAAUCAUGCUGUGACUUUUUUAGCUAGGAGGUGCAAGAGUUGACAGUACCAAUGAUGGACACCUGUAGUAGCACAGUCAAGAACUUUCUGUUCAGGGCUGUGAGCUUUACACAUUUUACAGGCAAAUCAGGGUAGCUUUCUGGAUGGGUGAGGCCCAGAAAUUGCUUUGGGAGCAGUUUUGGUUCAGCUCUUAGUUGUUAAACUGCUCCCGGUUGCAGAAAGUGUUGUGCAGUUAGAGCACAGUGCAAAGUCUGUUCUGCCCAGGAUGCCCUCUUUCUGCCUGUAAAUGGCUGAAAGGGAGGAUGGUGGGAUUUUUAGAUGGCUAACGAAAAAUAGGCACCACUUGGACUGAUGACUAGGAUGUGCCAUGUGAGAACAGGGAAUCCUUUUGAGAUCUAAGUGUCUGGGCACAAGCAUCAGCAGUUCUUUUCUCCAAAGAUGCUACUAGUCACACUGUUACCAGCUGCAGAAUAAGUUAUGCAGGCCUUUGUGAAGAGGGGUUAGGCUUCUUUAGUCUGUGUGCUUUAUGGAGCCAGGCCCACGCUUCUGUCUGUGCUGAUGCUGCUACCUCCAACAGAGCCCACGUUCUUUGCAAGGCAGCAGGAAAUCUGUGACUGCUGCUGCCCGGCAUCCUGCUCAGCUCUUGAAUUGCGCUGUCUCAAGUUAGCUUUCCUGUGGGUGACCCCAGGCAUUUAUUUGCUCAUCUUGUUUUCUUUGGGCAGUGCAAAUACUGAACAAAAGGAGAAGAACUAAAAGCAAGCUCGGUGUUAUAGUUUCUUUCUGUAGCAAAUUUGCAUCCAAGUGAAAGAAGCAAAGCAGUUUUCACAGAAAAAUUCUGGACACCUCCUGAUGAGAAAUAGGAAAAGCUCUUCCCCAGUCAGGUCUCUGGAGGGAGUUGUGUACGUAGCAGACUGCGGAAGGACAUAAGUAGACCAUAGGAUGCUCUUUUUUCUGCAUCUCUCACAAAGUAAAAACCUCCUCAGCCUUCUAAGCAAUCAUAUUUCUCUGUGAGAGUGGAAAACAGACUCUUCCAAUCCCCGAGUGUGAGCUGUGAGUACAUCUUAGUGCUUGUCAGUGAAACACAGAGCAGCUACGUGCUGGAGCUGGUUGUGUUCUGGAAGACAGAGACCUCCCCUGUAGAGACCUCAUCCCUGAUUGAGUUCAGAGCUGAUCUUCCCAGCACCAAUCUGUGUGGUUUCCACUGAACAAGCUGCAGCUGUUGCUGUUGCAGGGAUGUGUGAUUGUAGGGUAUAUUUCACAAGUGUGACUGUAGUGUGUUGACACUAGUUAAUUCAUAUACCUCUUACUACAUCUUCCUCUAAAAUAAAACCUCUGCUUGGUUUGAUCUUCUUGCUAUCAGUGAAUCUUUUUAGUCAUCUUUCGUUUUGCGUUCAAGUGCCCAGACUUGAAUUCUCUGAUCUUUGCAAUUAGAGAAGGAUAAGUUGUGGAUUAUUCAAUAGCUGUGGCUUUUACAAUAUAAGUUCAGUUCUGCUAGCUUUUUCUGCAUCAUUGUACAUCUAUCUUCCCUUGAAAUCAUCUCUCUCUUGAGGACGAGUAACUGUUGACAAUCCAGAGAAGCCCUGUACCUCCCUGUGUCCCAGCCUCCUCAGGCCCACCAGAUGCCACUGGCUGCUCUGUUGACCCGGGCUGCUGUUUGCUUCCCCAAACUGAGCAAAACACAGCCAACCUGAUGAUGACUUGCACUGACUGCGUUUCCUGCAGUCCCAGCCUUUAUGCUGGCUGUAUUUAAAGUUGUCCUGAUGUUAACACUAAACUUGUGUUGAGUGGUGCUUGGAGGGAGGUGAGGACUCUAAUGAUUAUUAGACUUGAGUAAAUUAAAUUUGUAUGUCAACAUAUGUAGCAUGCUUAGAAUGUGAUUCCCAUGUCCGUCUCUGAGUGCACCCUGAUGUUUCGUCUUGACACGCUGUGCCUCUGGAUUACCAGCUUGGAAGAAGCACACGGGGUAUCCAGGCUGCGUUCAUCUGUGGGCUUCUGCUGUUUUUCUCCCAGUGCCUUCUCAGUUGGUCUGGAGCCAAUCCCAACAGAUCCAAAAGGAUGGAUAGUUUUGUUUACAGUGGACUGUCACUUUUGAUUUAUCUCUUGCUCUUUGUGAAGGUAACUUGUCUAGUAACAUAUCAAAGAUCUCCUGUAUAUAAUUAACUAAUAAAAUAGAUUGCAUUUUACUGUG